CUUUCGUGACCGAGGACCGUCUGGGGGGCUUUUCAGAGAACUGGGGCUCUGCGCCCGGGAACCCCGGACGCUUUGCACUGGGUAAAGUUCAUAUGUUAAAGUUCAUUGGAACAGGAAGAAAUGGAUUUUUCUGCGGAUCGCGUUGAAGAAAUACAAAAUGUCCUUAAUGCUAUGCAGAAAAUCUUAGAGUGUCCAAUAUGUCUAGAGUUGAUCAAAGAGCCUGUUUCCACAAAGUGUGAUCACAUAUUUUGCAAAUUUUGUUUGCUGAAACUUCUCAACCAGAAGAAAGGGCCUUCACAGUGUCCUUUGUGUAAGAGUGCUAUAACCAGAAGAAGCCUACAAGAAAGUACAAGAUUUAGUCAGCUUGUUGAAGAGCUAUUGAAGAUCACUCAUGCUUUUGAGCUUGACACAGGACUGCAGUUUGCAAACAGUUAUAACUUUUCAAAAAAGGAAAAUAACUCUCCUGAGCAUCUAAAGGAGGGAGUUUCUAUCAUCCAAAGUAUGGGCUACCGAAACCGGACCAAAAGACUUCGACAGAGUGAACCUGAAAAUCCUAACUUGCAGGAAACCAGUCUUAGUGUCCAACUCUCUAACCUUGGAAUUGUGAGAUCUCCGAGGACAAAGCAGCAGAUACAACCUCAUAAAAAGUCCGUCUACAUUGAACUGGGAUCUGAUUCUUCUGAAGAUACAGUUAAUAAGGCCAGUUAUUGCAGUGUAGGAGACCAUGAAUUGUUAGAAACAACCCCUCCAGGAGCCAAGGCUGAAGACAGUUUGAAUCAUGCAAAAAAAGAUAACCUAGAACAACCUAUGGGAAGCAGUCAUGCUUCUCAGGUUUGUUCUGAAACACCUGAUGAUUUGUUAAAUGAUGACGGAAUAAAGGAAAAUAGCAACUUUGCUGAAAGUGACAUUAAGGAAAGAUCUGCUGUUUUUAGCAAAAAUGUCCAAAAAGGAGAAUUCAGAAGGAGCCCUGGCCCUUUAGCCCAUACACGUUUGGCUCAGGGUCACCAAAGAAGGGCUGGGAAAUUGGAGUCCUCAGAAGAGAAUGUGUCUAGUGAGGAUGAAGAGCUUCCCUGCUUCCAACACUUAUUAUUUGGUAAAGCAACCAAUACACUGUCUUCAUCUACCAGACAUAAUGCUGUUGCCACAGAAGGUCUAUCUAAGGAAACAGAGGAGAACCUAGUAUCACUGAAGAAUAGUUUACAUGACUGCAGUGACCAGGUAACGUCGGUAAAGGCAUCCCAGGAACAUGACCUUAAUGAGGAAGCGAGAUGUUCUAGUAGCUUAUUUUCUUCACAGUGCAGUGCAUUGGAAGACUUGACUGCUAAUACAAACACCCAGGAUCCUUUCUUGAUGUUUGAUCCUCCUUCCAAACAAGUGGGGCAUCAGUCUGAAAACCAGGAAGUUCUGAGUGACAAGGAAUUGGUUUCGGAUGACGACGAAAGGGAAACUGGCUUGGAAGAGGAUAAUCGCCAGGAAGAGCAGAGCGUGGAUUCAGACUUAGGUGAAGCAGCGUUUGAGUAUGAGAGUGAAACAAGCCUCUCUGAAGACUGUUUGGGGCUGUCCUCUCAGAGUGAUAUCUUAACCACUCAGCAGAGGGAUACCAUGCAAGAUAACCUGCUAAAGCUCCAGCAGGAAAUGGCCGAACUGGAAGCUGUGUUAGAGGAGCACGGGAGCCAGCCUUCUCAGAGCUCGCCUUCCCUCAUAGCUGAUUCUUGUGCCCCUGAGGACCUGCUAAAUCCGGAACAAAACACAUCAGAAAAAGCAGUAUUAACUUUGGAGAAAAACAGUGAAUAUCCUAUAAGCCAGAACCCAGAAAGCCUUUCUGCUGACAAGUUUCAAGUAUCUCUGGAUAGUUCCACCAGUAAAAAUAAAGAACCAGGAAUGGAAAGGUCAUCCUCUUCUAAAUUCCAGUCGUCAGAUGAUAGGUGGUAUAUGCACAGCCACUCAAGGAGUCCUCAGAACAGAGACUGCCCACCUCAAAAGGAGCUCAUUAAGGUUGUUGAUGAGGAGGAGCGACAGCUGACUACGUCUGACACCCAAAAUUUAAUGCAGCAGUCUUAUUUGCCAAGACAAGAUUCAGAGGGAACCCCUUACCUAGAAUCCGGAAUCAGCCUCUUCUCUGAUGACCCUGAGUCUGAUCCCUCUGAAGACAGAGCCGCAGAGCCAGCUCAUGUUUGCAGCAUGCCACCCUCAACCUCUGCACUGAAAUUACCCCAAUUUCAAGUAGAAGAAUCUGCCAAGAGUCCAGCUGCUGCUCAUACUACUAAUGCUGCAGAGUGUAACAUGAAGGAAGAAGGCAUGAGCAGGGAGAAGCCAGAAGUGGUAUCUUCAACAAAAAAAGACAACAGAAUUUCCAUGGUGGCAUCAGGCUUGACCCCAAAAGAAUUUGCACUUGUGCACAAGUUUGCCAGAAAACAUCACAUCACUUUGACGAAUCUAAUUACGGAAGAGACUACUCAUGUCAUUAUGAAAACAGAUGCUGAGUUUGUGUGUGAACGGACACUGAAAUAUUUUCUGGGAAUUGCAGGAGGGAAAUGGGUAGUUAGCUAUUUUUGGGUGACCCAGUCUAUUAAUGAAAGAAAGAUGCUGGAUGAGCAUGAUUUUGAAGUCAGAGGAGAUGUUGUCAAUGGAAGAAACCAUCAAGGUCCAAAGAGAGCAAGAGAAUCCCAGGACAAGAAGAUCUUCAAGGGCCUAGAAAUCUGUUGCUAUGGACCCUUUACCAAUAUGCCCACAGAUCAACUGGAGUGGAUGGUGCACCUGUGUGGGGCUUCUGUGGUGAAGGAGCCCUCAUCAUUCACCCUCGGCCAGGGUACUCACCCAAUUGUGGUCGUACAGCCCGAUGCCUGGACAGACGAUGGUGGCUUCCAUGCGCUGUCCCCAGUGAUCGGGCAGAUGUGUGAAGCAGCUGUGGUGACCCGAGAGUGGGUAUUGGACAGCGUAGCCAUGUACCAGUGCCAGGAACUGGACCCCUACCUGAUACCCCAGGUCCCUAGAGCUGCUGCUGAUUCCAGCCAGCAAUGUGUAUAGGGGAUAGGGCCUGUCUCCACAGGACCCCAAGGAUGAGCUUAAGAAAUGGCUUUUUUCCAGGCCCAGGGAGCUCCUCUUCAGUCCUUCCACAGCCCCGAUUACUAAAUAUUUUAUGUACAUCAGCCUGAAAAGAACUUCUGGCUAUUCAAGGGUCCCUUACUUAAAGAUUUUCUGCUUCAAGUCUCCCUUUGAAAUCUGCUGUGAGCACUAAAUUGUGGUAAUUUUUCACCUGAAAAGAAUUUAAAACCAUUUAAACCCCGCCAGUUGAGCAAGAUGCUGAUUCAUUAUUUAUCAGCCCUAUUCCUCAUCCUGGGGCUGGUGGCUUCACGCUGGAGGCACAGAGCGGCUGGCCUCAGGAGAAGAGCAGUUUUCCCUGAAUUUGUUUCUCAAAUACCUUGUGUUCUUAAAGGCCAGGAGUCAGAUCCUUCAAUGGACAGCGAGUACUUGGGAAUCUGGGCCGUGGCUUAAAAUGAGAGCAGUCCUAGGACAACUCUCAAGUGUUGGAGUGGAGCACUGGGGAGGCAAUCCAGAGGCAGGUAAUAUAAUUUGAAAUUUGAGGGUUAAUUAGAGAAGAGGGGAGUCCUGCUGACCCUGACCUCCAAAAGUCUGAGCUAUAGUUGCUGGAUUUCUAAAGAAUUUCUUAGCACUGAUGUGCUCUAAAACAGCAGAAUCUUUUCAAGAACUGGUAUCCAAAAAACUCUUAAAGAAGUGAGGGGGAAAAAAAACAACUGGUGUCCAAAGAGAGUCUUCUAGUUCCCCAUUAGUCAUAAAUAAAAUGUUUAUUGUUGUAGCUCUGAUAUGUAACCCAUUCCUCUUGAAAUAUAAGAUCUCUGAUAUGAAUAUUUCAUGUCUGUAAGAUGACAGAUCCCACCAGGAAAGGAGCUGUUUGCUUCCCUUGAGGUAAUUUUUUUCCCUUUGCUCCCUAUUGCUGAACUGUACAGAUUCAUAAAAAUUUUGUUUUCUGAAGGAAGAGAAAGUGUUUCUCAUAAACUCAUUACCCAGGACUGUUUAUAGCUGUUGGAAGGACUAGGUCUUCCUUAGCCCCCCGUGUGGGGGUAAAGGCUUGAUUGUACAAAAUGUUUUGUAAAUAUUGUGCUUUUCACCUGCAAAUAAA